ACACACACACACACACACACACGGCUUGCCAUGAGCAGACAGACUGUUUGCUUCUGCAACACGCUUGUUUCGUGGCGUCGCUUUGGAAUUCCGCUAGCGAGGCCGGCCAAUGCUUGUCGGGUAGUCGACAAGACACUUCCUGCCCAUGUAGCUUCACACGCCCGCGCGUCUGUUAGAGUCCCUCGAAGAGUUCACGAGCAUCUACAUGCAAUGCACUUUUCCCUUGUCGCAGGGGCCAGCCAGACUCGCGGAUCCCCAUGGUGCAGCCAGCCGUUCACCACACCGCACUGUGUCCCUUUUUUUUUGACGGCAGAGCCACGUACGCCAACAAAUCUAUUCGUGGGCACGCCAUGGUUUCGGUGUUUGACAAGUACACUACACAUGGCAGCACCGCUACUGGCUCGGUCAAUCAGAUCCGACUGCCUCUACCAUCGUCACGCACCCGCCCGUUCAUGACCCACCGUCGACCACAACCAACGUACACUUAAACCCC